AUGCCGGCAAAAUCGCAUACACAUUUAGAAGAUGUUCCCGAAGAGGAGGAGGACAGUCGAUUCUUCGACGAUGAGUCCGCGGGUCCAUUCACCUCGACGUCUCGACCAGCUGCAUAUUUCCUACAGGAGUUCUCCAUGAGGGACGGUGGGGCCCAGUUCCCAGUGCAAGAAGUCGUACCAAACACGAACGUCGCUGUUGGGUCCUCGCACAAUCUGAACCACAACACUGAUAGUUUCUUGAGAAACAGGUUCCAAAGGAGAGCGGGGUCCACAUCGAAUGUCUCCAUCGACGCCCUGGCGGACGGGGCCGGCGGGCAGCCCCCGCUACCACCAACCUCUUCUAGCGUUUUCGAAGACGCACUAGAGACAGACAACUUGCCCAUCAUGGUUAAGCCAAAGGCGCUGUACCAGAACCCGCUGACCCCCACGGUUUUGCCAUCCACAUACCACCCCAUCAACACAUACUCGGCGAUUAAGGCUACUUAUCUGAAGGAGUUCUUUGCCGAGAUAUUGGGGACGAUGGUCAUGCUGUUCUUCGGUGGCUCCGUGGUGACACAAGUCCAUCUGGGGCAACAGAUGCAGAUAGACCGAUACCAAGCAGCGGUCAGAGAGGUCAUAGCUGCAGGUGGAGACCUCAACGAAAACACUUUGAAGAUGAUCGACUCUUUGAAGUAUCUGAUCUCGUCCACGAGUUCUGGUACGUUCGACAACAUCGCCAUGGGAUGGGCCGGUGCAGGUAUGCUUGGCUGGUUUGCCGCUGGUGGGAGUGCCAUAUCGGGUGCCCAUUUGAACCCAGCAAUCACCAUCAGCAGUUUUGUCUUCAGAGGUUUCCCCGGUAAGAAAGUCCCUAUCUAUAUCCUUGGACAAUACAUCGGGGCAUUCUGUGGGACCUUAAUCAGCUACAGUUUCUACCGUGUUUGUAUUGGCCAGGCAUACGCAGAUCACACAACUUUGGAGGCUGUCGGUAACUUUUUCUACGUCGUUCCGCAACCAUAUUUGACAAGACAAAAGCAGUUUGUCUCUGAGUUGGUGUGUACGGGAAUUUUACAGCUGUGUGCAUUUGCGUUGACCGAUUCCUACACAUCCUUGACCAACAACAUCUUCCCAUUGGCCGCCUUCUUCAUGUCCUUCGUCAUCAAUGCCUCUCUAUCGUACCAAACAGGCUGUGCUAUGAACCCUGCUCGUGACAUGGGCCCACGUCUAGCACUCUACGCUUGCGGCUUCAAAAAAAACAUUAUAUGGCAGGCUCAUCGCCACUUCGUGUGGGUGCCACAGGUUGCACCCAUUGUUGGUGCGCUGACCGGUGGUCUACUUUACGAUCUGUUGAUCUACCAAGGUCACGAAUCGCCUGUUAACUGGCCGCUAUCCAUGCACAAAAAGGUUUGGAGACGUACCAUUAACAGCUUCCUGAGAAAGACACCGGAGAAGUGGAAUUUGCGGGGGGUCAAACACCGUGAGUUGAAGCGGAGAAGAAGCUCAGUCGACUUAGAAAGCUUUGUGAUGACCGAAACCCCAGAUCACGAUCAGAACAAGCGGGCGUCCAGCACAAACUCCAGCCGGGACAGCACUUACAGUGGCUCAUCCAACGCAAGCUCGGCAAUUGUGAUGAAAGCGCCGUCAAAGUUUGUUCCUGGUGCAGCAACAAGCUCUUAA